AUGAACGGCGGCGGCGUCCUCCUCCUGCGGGCGGCCAGGGCGGGCUCGCGCCGGGCUCUGGGCGCCCUCCCCGAACGGCGGCUGGCCGCGGUGGGCAGCCUCCGGCGGCUCCUGCGCACCGGCCCGCCGUGCCGAGCCUACGCCAAGGAGCUGUUCCUGGGGAAAAUCGAGAAGAAAGAAGUUUUUCCAUAUCCAGAAGUCAGCCUGGAUGAAUUAAAAGAUAUGCAGCAGUUUGUGGUACCAGUAGAAAAAUUCUUCAAUGAAGAAGUGGACUCAAAAAAAAUUGAUCACGAUGGGGUAAUUCCUGAAGAAAUAUUAACUAGAUUGAAGCAGCUGGGGCUCUUUGGCAUGCUGAUUCCAGAAGAAUAUGGUGGCCUUGGCUUAUCACAUAUAAUGUAUGCACGUUUAGGAGAAAUCCUUUCUCAGGAUGGAGCAAUUGCAGUCACUUUGGCAGCACAUCAAGCAAUAGGAUUAAAGGGCAUCCUUUUGGCUGGCACUGAGGAACAGAAAGCAAAGUAUUUGCCUAAAUUGGCCACUGGGGAAUAUAUUGCAGCUUUCUGUCUUACAGAGGCAACAAGUGGGAGUGAUGCUGCAUCCAUUCAAACAAGAGCAACUCUGAGUGAAGAUAAAAAGUUCUACAUCUUAAAUGGCUCCAAGAUCUGGAUCACAAAUGGUAGUUUAGCCAGUAUAUUCACAGUGUUUGCCAAGACAGAGCUUUUUGACUCAGAUGGUUUCAAAAGGGACAAAAUCACGGCAUUCAUUGUUGAAAGAAAUUUUGGUGGCAUCACUAAUGGUAAACCUGAGAACAAAUUAGGCAUCCGGGGCUCUGACACUUGUGAAGUUCGUUUUGAAAAUACAAAAGUGCCCAUUGAAAAUGUCAUUGGAGAAGUCGGAGAUGGAUUUAAGAUAGCAAUGAAUGUCCUGAAUAGUGGACGAUUUACUAUGGGAAGUUUAGUUGCUGGAAUGCUCAAGAAAUUGAUUGGAAUGACAGCAGAAUAUGCCUGUACAAGGAAACAGUUCAACAGGCCUCUAAGUGAAUUUGGAUUAAUUGAGGAAAAGUUUGCUCUGUUGGCCAGAAAAACAUAUGUGAUGGAGAGUAUGGCCUACCUCACCGCCGGGAUGAUGGACAGCCCAGGUGUUCCUGAUUGCUCUAUGGAGGCGGCCAUGGUGAAGGUGUUCAGCUCUGAAGCAUCCUGGAUUUGUGUGAGCGAAGCCCUACAGAUUGUCGGAGGCCUGGGAUACAUGAAAGAUUACCCCUAUGAGCGCUAUCUCCGGGACUCCAGGAUUCUACAGAUUUUUGAGGGAACAAAUGAGGUCCUCCGAAUGUAUAUUGCCCUGACAGGACUACAGCAUGCAGGCAAAGUCUUAACCAAAACAUUGGAUGACUUGAGGAAAGGGAACGUGGGUAAUGCAAUGGAACACUUGUCAAAAAAACUUCGAGAAAGCGUGAGAAGGAAGGUCGAUUUGGGUCUGACAGGGAAAGAUGGAAUCGUACAUCCCAAUGUGGAGGAGAGUGCAAAGCGACUGGAAGAAAACGUGUAUUAUUUUGGAAAAACGGUAGAGGUGUUGCUGAAGAGGUUUGGCAAGACUAUCUUGGAAGAGCAGAUGACCAUGAAGCGCAUGGCGGACAUUAUGAUUAACAUGUAUGCCAUGACCGCCGUCCUCUCGAGAUCUAGUCGCUCCAUCCGCAUUGGACUGCGCAACUACGACCACGAAGUGCUACUGACAAAUAUCUUCUGCACUGAAGCCUAUUUCCAGAAUCUUUACAACAUGGCUCAGUUAGAAAAAUAUUCUUCUGAAAAUUUAGAUGAACAUAUUAAAAAAGCUGCCCGGCUGGUACUGGAGACUAGAUCCUUCCCAUGUGCUCAUCCCUUGCAAAGGCUAUUGUGAGAAGCAGGAAAAAGUACACCUGGAAUCCAUAUAUGAUUAUGAUCCACCACGUCAUUGAACUAUAUAAUCAGCUCAUGGCUUUAGAUGGGUCUGAUUUAGAAUGACACUUGCCAUUUUUUCACAGAAUAAAUUCAUAAUUAACUCAUGAAAAGGGUUUCUUAAAAA